AUGAGGAGAAAUAAUCAGAGCAGUGUGUCCGAGUUCCUCCUCCUGGGGCUCCCCAUCCAGCCAGGGCAGCAGGGCGUGUUCUUCACCCUGUUCCUGGGCAUGUACCUGACCACGGUGCUGGGCAACCUGCUCAUCAUCCUGCUCAUCAGGCUGGACUCUCGCCUGCACACGCCCAUGUACUUCUUCCUCAGCCACCUGGCCUUCACUGACAUCUCUUUUUCAUCAGUCACAGCUCCAAAGAUGCUCAUGAAUAUGCAUACUCAGGAUCAAUCCAUCUCAUAUGCUGGAUGCAUUUCCCAGGUGUAUUUCUUCUUAUUUUGGGGGGAUCUUGACAGCCUCCUUCUCACCUCAAUGGCCUAUGACAGGUACAUGGCCAUCUGUCAUCCCCUCCACUAUACCACCAUCAUGAGUCAGAGCCUGUGUGUUUUGCUAGUAAUUGUGUCCUGGGUCCAAUCCUGCGCUAGUGCCCUUUUGCACACCCUCCUCCUGGCCCGUCUCUCUUUCUGUGGAGACAACACUGUCCCACACUUCUUCUGUGAUCUCUCCACCUUACUUAAGCUGUCCAGCUCAGAUACCACAGUCAAUGAGCUGCUUAUCCUCACUGUGGGAGUGGUGGUCAUUACCGUGCCAUUCAUAUGCAUCCUAGUUUCUUAUGGCCACAUUGGGGCCACCAUCCUGAAAGUCCCCUCCACCAAGGGCAUGUGCAAAGCCUUGUCUACUUGUGGUUCCCACCUCUCUGUGGUGUCUCUGUACUAUGGAGCAAUUAUUGGGUUGUACUUUUUUCCUUCAUCCAACAACAAGGAUGUCAUUGUGGCUGUAUUGUACACCCUGGUCACUCCCAUGUUAAAUCCCUUUAUCUAUAGUCUGAGGAAUCGGGACAUGAAAGGAGCUCUGGGAAAUAUGCUCAGUAGAGGACCAUGUUCCUCACGAUGA